GCUGAGCCCGUACGAGUGGUACAACCCCCACCCGUGCCUGCGGGAGCGGCACAACCUGGUGGAGAACCAGUACACGCUGGGGAACAGCCUGUGGUUCCCGGUGGGGGGGUUCCUGCAGCAGGGCGCCGAGGUCCUGCCGCGCGCCCUCUCCACCCGCUGCGUCAGCGGCGUCUGGUGGGCCUUCACCCUCAUCAUCAUCUCGUCGUACACGGCCAACCUGGCGGCGUUCCUCACCGUGCAGCGCAUGGAGGUGCCCGUCGAGUCGGCCGACGACUUGGCCGACCAGACCAACAUCGAGUACGGCACCAUCCACGCCGGCUCCACCAUGACCUUCUUCCAGAACUCGCGCUACCAGACCUACCAGCGGAUGUGGAACUACAUGCAGUCCAAGCAGCCGAGCGUCUUCGUCAAGAGCACGGAGGAGGGGAUCGCGCGCGUCCUCAACUCCAAGUACGCCUUCCUGCUGGAGUCCACCAUGAACGAGUACCACCGGCGCCACAACUGCAACCUCACGCAGAUCGGGGGCCUGCUGGACACCAAGGGCUACGGCAUCGGGAUGCCGCUCGGUACCGCGGGGCGAGGGGGACGGGAGGG